GCAUCUCUGGCUUUUGCUGACGAAAUAAAAGCAACGCAUUACAGUAACAGCAAAAAAGGAAUAUAAUUUUAUAAAUCAGUCUAGUUCUACGCAGGUUUAAUAAAAAGAUUAAAUCUGAAAAAAAAGUAUAGUUUUCAGCAUUUGGUCGCGCACAUUUCACUCAUUCUAACGAUCGAAAUAAUUGAAGGUAUAUCUAUAAUAAACGCGUAAAGUUGUGCAAGAUAAGCUAAUCUCCCAGACACAAUGAGCUCAACUUCUACGGUUGAGGAAUUAAUCGACAAAUCUCUGGAUACAGGUCAUUCAGACGAUCGAAAUUGCUGGGUCUGUUUUGCCACGGAAGAGGACGACAAGUUGGCUCCAUGGGUACAACCUUGCAAUUGUCGCGGGGCAACUAAAUGGGUGCAUCAAAGUUGUCUGCAACGUUGGGUCGAUGAAAAGCAAAAAGGAAACACCUUCAAGCGGGUCAGUUGCCCACAAUGUCAAAGCGAGUACAUCAUUGUACUGCCAUCGAUGGGCGCAUUGGCGCAUGUAUUGGAGGGAAUUGAUACGGUGAUCAAACAAAUAAGUCCCUUCCUAACGGCCGGCGUUAUCGUGGGAUCGAUUUACUGGACAGCCGUUACCUACGGUGCAGUGACGGUGCUGCAAACGGUUGGUUAUGAGGAGGGAAUUUGCCUAAUGCAGCGAGCGGAACCAAUCGUACUACUGAUUGGUUUGCCAGCAAUUCCGAUUGGAUUGGUAUUUGGCAGAAUGAUCCGUUGGGAGGAAUUUGUGCUACGUUUUCUACAGACCAAAUCAUUCAGCAUGCAAAAGUUCGCGAUUCUAAGUUUGCUUUUACCGAUUUCGAAUUUGGAAAAUGAACCAGUUAACGGUGGUACGAGUCAACCAAAUUCCAAUUCUCCCUCGAAUCCGAAUGCACUCCCACCGGGAACGGUUGUAACAUCCGACCCGCUAUCCGGCACACGAUUGUUGUGUGGAGCUUUGCUCCUACCGACUAUUUCGUCUAUUGUGGGAAACGUAUUCUUCGAUUCGAUCCGAAACAAUUUCCAGCGUGCGCUAGUAGGCGGCUUUGCGUUUGUGUUGGUCAAGGGUGUUCUCAAAAUCUACUACAAACAGAAGCAAUUCAACAGAAAGAAACAACGUCGUAUUUUGGACUACCUCCCAGAGAACAUUCGCAAGUACGGCUCGGUCAAAGAGCAGAAGCAGCAUGGUCAAAAUGAUCAGGCACAAAUGGAUAUCCCAAAUCCGACAGAUGUUCAGCCUAAUGUUUCAAAUUAUCGGAAUAUAUUCUAGAUGCUUAUCAAAAUUUAGUUUUUAAAGAUUUUCUAUGUUCCAUAUAAAAAUAUCAGAUAUUUAUUUUAUAUAUCUGCAUGUCGGUGCGACGGAUUUUUUUACGAUUCAAAAAUAUUUCAGUUUAUAGCUUAGAGGUAGUUCUUUUUUAUCUCUGGUAAUAAUUGAUAUCAAGCAAACUUGUUAAAUGUAACGUAAAUCACUAAUCGUUCUGUAAAUAAAUAUAUUUUUAUGAAGCAA